AUGGCUUCUUCCACACCCCUCGCUCUUCCCAUUUCGAACGAUACCCUAGAUGCCAUCAACAAACAGCUUGUUGACAACACUCCGGAAGAGAUCCUGGAGUGGGCUGUACAACAUCUUCCGGGGUUGUAUCAGACCACAGCCUUUGGGCUCACUGGUAUCGUUGCGAUAGAUAUGCUGUCCAAGAUCACGAAAUCCCCACCGCCUCUGAUAUUUAUCGAUACGCUGUAUCACUUCCCGGAAACGUACGAGCUUGUGGAAGAAGUGAAGCAGCGAUAUGGCGUCCCGGUAAAUGUCUACAAGCCGGAAGGGUGCGAGACAGUACAGGGCUUUGAGAAGAAGUAUGGUGAAAAUCUGUGGGAGCGAGAUGAAGAGACGUAUGAUUUUGUCGUCAAGGUUGAGCCUGCACGGCGCGCCUACGAGGAAUUGGGGGUCAAGUCUGUUAUCACUGGCCGAAGAGCCUCUCAGGGAGCUGAUCGUGCUGGAUUAAAGCCGCUCGAGGUGGACGAAAUAGGUUUGGUAAAGUUGAACCCUCUUUUUGCUUGGCCGUUUCCCAUGGUGGAUUGGUACAUCACCGAUAACGAGGUUCCCCGGAAUAAACUGCUUAAUCAGGGAUACCGCAGUGUUGGGGACUGGCACAGCACGGUGAAGGUUGCCGAAGGUCAAGAUGAGAGGGCUGGAAGGUGGGCUGGGAAGGAAAAGACGGAGUGUGGGUUGCACAAGGAUUAUUUCGCGAUGAAGGCGCAAGCUAAACGUGCUGCAGAGUCCGAAGUAUCCAAGGUGGUGCCUUCUGUGGAGGUUGGCGCGUGAUGCGUUGGUCGUCGUUGCCCAUCAUGUUUUUAUG